UGGAAAUAUAAAACCGGGCACCUGGCUCGCUCUCCGCUUCUCUCUGCUUGUCGUCCGCCACGGUCUCUCUUGCUUCGAGCCUAAGAAAAGCUGCUUCGCCCUGCCUUCUACGGCUCCGUCGCAGAGCCCAAAAAUCUUCAAUCUCCGUGAGACUUCUCGGGGAGUACCAAUUGGGAUUUGCAUUUCAACUCAAAUGCCUGCCCCUCUGUAAUCUUGAUUCUCGAGGAAGAACAAGAAAUUCCUGAAGAGAAAACGCGGGUUGCCAUUUUCUCAAAAAUCUGUGCCUCUCGAUCUCUCUCCGCUUCGGGCUAUGGAGGACGACUCCUUCACUAACCUCCCUACUAGCCACUUGCUUGGCUCGGUGCCCGCUGUGGUUACUGAAGAAAAAAGCCCCAAAAACUAUGAAGUCCCUGAAGCAAGUAUGCAGACGUUCCCUCCAUCUAGUAAUGGACGGGGAGGUGGAGUAGGCAGCAGCAGCAACAACAACAACAAGGGUUAUCAGACGAUGGGAGCUCCAACUGAUGGAGUUGAACAGCAAGGACCACCAAACACUUGGAAGGGGGUAUUUAGUGUCUCAUCAUAUGUACAAUACUUCAAUGUCGAUACCGACAUUGUCGUGAACAGAUUGAUGAGCUCAUUCUAUCCUAUAGGUGGGGAUUUUUUCAGCAAGAUUGACGCCAAUCCAGACUUAUAUGGACUGGUGUGGAUAUCAACAACAUUGGUGUUCCUGCUGUCCGCUCUAGGAAACUGUGCUACCUAUCUCAUGCUGAAACAUACCGACAGCAGUGCAUCCUGGAACUUUGAUGUUGGCUAUGUUAAUGCCGCGGCUGUCUCGAUCUAUAGCUAUGCGAUCGUUGUGCCACUGGGGUUUUACUUCUUGCUUCAGUAUCUUGGAUCAACUGCAAGCCUGAUUCGGUUCUGGUGCAUGUGGGGAUACUCUCUCUUCAUUUUUGUCCCAUGUUCUGUGCUGCUGGUUAUCCCAGUGGAGUUCCUGAGGUGGUUGAUCAUACUGGGCGCUGGAGCUGAUUCAGCAUGCUUUGUCACUGCAAACCUCAAGACAUAUGUUGGAGGAGGUGAUCUCACUAUUGUGCUGGCUGCUUCAUUUCUAUUGCAACUCGCACUGGCAAUCUUCAUCAAGGCCUGGUUCUUUCCCUGAUCAGGUAAUCUCCCCUGGCGUUACUAGUUUGCAAGUGAUCAGUAUUUUGAGACUUAAGUUCUUCUGAUUCGUGUUUUGUUGUAAGUGGUGCCUUAGAAUAGGAGUGAUAGUGGAGUUUGUUUUGUUGGGCUGACGAGUUGAAUCGAAAAAUGUGGGGGCUUGUAUGCGUAGUCUGCAGUUUUUAGGAGACUUUUAAAAGUUUUUGGAUGGAAAAACAAAUCCAGGUGCAAAGCUUUUCGUUUCAUCUUUCUGCUCUGUUUUUAUCUCCCUCCCAGAACGGAUCGCGUUGUUGGAGUUUGAAUUUUGUGCGCAAGUCUGUAAAUACACAAAUCCCUCUAUUUACCGAGUCCGAGAGCUCCUUGCUUUUGUAUUGUUGUGCGUUACCAUGAUACCAUCUGGUUGAAAAUCACACUACUUUGCUGUUGUUUGAGACCACAAAUUCUAUGGAUUGGAGAUGAACAGAAAUGCAGACCACAGUGUAUGCCUUUAGGCUUUAGAUGUUCUUUUCCCAGCACUUGGUUGACGAGACUCUACGCUUAAAAAGAUUAAUAAAUGGAGGAAAAAGGAAAAAAGAGCUGGACCCACAUAUGGCUCGAAGGUGUAUUUCCAAAAUUGAUGUUCUCUCUCUCGAUUACAUCUGAUGAAUCAUUGUGAAGUGUAUGUCCAAAAGGAAUUUAUGUUCAAAGCACUUGGUCCAUGAAACUGUACCAAGAAAUUGAAAAGCAACGCAGG